AUGGUUGUGGAAGAAUCAGAUGCGACAUUUUUUCGACAGGCAUUCUACAACAGAAUUUAUCGUCAGCGCUUUUCUCCAGAUGGCAAUUGGUUAGUGGUGACGGAUUCACGCGCUCAUUUAUAUGUUUUCGAACUUCGUCAGGCUCUCGAAUUGAAUGCCUCGAGUAAUGAUCGACAAUUCAAAUAUUGGUUAAAUUUGGAUGAACCAAUUUAUGCUUUGGCUACAGUUCAUUCAAGAUUAGUUUGUGGCAAUUCAGUCGGUCAUUUAGCUAUUUAUAAUUGGGAUGAUAUUACCCACUCUCAUACUUCCGACCGAUGUGGCCCUUUAUGCAAAUUUAGUGGUUUUCCUGCAAAUUUAUCAGUUACUCCACCAUGUGAAAUAAAUUCUGUAGCUUGCAUCGAUAAUAGUUAUGUGCUGUAUGCUGGAGCUGGAGACAAUGCAAUUCGUUUGAUAGAACUUAAUCGUCCGGAUAAGGUCAUUUCGACGUUCGUCGGACAUGGUGAAUAUGUAAAUGAACUGGCAGUGCAAUCAGAACAUGUGUUUUUGAGUUCAUCUGAAGAUGGUACUGUUCGCCUUUGGGAUGUUCGUUCUAAGAAUAUCCACGUUUUCAAUGUAGCUAUGGAAGAAAAGCUUAGUCGAAGUAAUUGUGGUCGAGGAAUUUGCGCGUUGGAUGUCGAAGAAGAUUUCAUGGUUUGUGGCGGCGACGUUGAACCUGCUAUAUGGCAUAUUGGUUCAAGAUCGUUAGCUUCAGCUUUAAUUUGUGAGCGUCCUUCUCUAAUGCGAUAUACAGUAGCAAAAAUGAACGGCGAUCGGAUUUUAGUAGGAGGAAGUUGUUCGGAUCUAAUGCAAUUUGAUUACUCGGGUCAACAUUUGACAUCAGUGAAGACAUCACCCCGAAACAUUUAUUCCAUAGAAACGAACUUACUGGGUACAAAUGCAAUGACAACAGUUGCCGGUGAUUCACUUCUGAUCGAUGCUUUCUUGAAUCUUGGUUAUGUUUCUUUUUGUUUUUCUACAACUUCAAUGGAGUUUGUCAAUUCACAACUCUAUGCAUAA